AAGGGUUUAAGGCGGCCACAGCCUCCGGUUGGUUUCACCUAUCCUCCGUUGUACUCUCUUCAAACUAAAAUGCCCUAUUUUUCGCCAUUUUUGGCUCUCGAAUGCCUGAUUUCCUAAUUUAAUUUCUCUCUUCAACGAAUUGUCAUACUGAUCACAUUUUGUGGUCUCUUUUGCUCGUCAAUCCAGUUGAUUCACCCAUCGCAAUAUGUGGAGACAUCUAUCGAAACAGUCCUGUUUGAGAAGAUUCAAGAUUUUAAAAGAAUCCCACCCAUCAAUCAAUGCGUUUAGCGCUGUCAAAUACUCUCAGAAUUCUAUCCUUUGUGAAGAGGACAUGCAGUUUCAGCCCCAAAUCGGUGUAAAUACAGGCAGCUCAGGAUUGGGUUUUUUCCAAGGUACAAUCUUACGACGGGAGCACGAUGUGGGCCCUCCUAAAUAUGGUUUCCCUAGUGAUUCUCUUAGAUUUACAAGAGGUUAUGCCGCUGCAGCUGAGGCUUUAGUGUCCACGUCCGAAGAAGAGGUCGACGAAAUUCAGGAAUUGGUGGAAGAGCUUAACAAAGAAAUCGAUGCAAAAAGCCCAGAAAUCCAGGGGCGGAGGCAGCAGCAAAAAAUGGUGGGAGGAAUGGGAUUAGGGAAAUACAACAUUCUUAGGAGGAGGCAGAUCAAGGUGGAGACGGAGGCAUGGGAGGAGGCAGCGAAAGAGUACCAAGAGCUUUUAGUUGACAUGUGUGAGCAGAAAUUGGCUCCUAAUUUGCCUUACAUCAAGUCAUUGUUCUUGGGGUGGUUUGAGCCUUUGAGGGAUGCCAUUGCUGCUGAGCAAGACACAUGUCAGGAAGGAAAAAACCGGGCCGCGUAUGCACCUUAUUUUGAUCAAUUGCCUGCAGAUAUGAUGGCAGUUAUUACUAUGCAUAAGUUGAUGGCAUUGUUGAUGACUGGAGGAGGCAAUGGCAGUGCCAGAGUUGUACAAGCUGCAUGUCAUAUUGGUGAAGCCAUUGAACAUGAGGUUAGGAUUCAUAAGUUUUUGGAGAAUUGCAAGAGGAAAAAUUCAUUAAAUAGAACUUGUGAUGAAGAACCUGCUGCGGCUAAGGAGCAAGAGAGACUAAGGAAAAAGGUCCAGCUUUUGAUGAAGAAACAAAAAGUACACCAAGUCAGGAGAAUUGUGAGCCGACAAGAUGAUUUGAAGGCCUGGGGACAGGAUGCUCAAGUCAAGGUCGGCUGCCGUUUGAUUCAGUUAUUAAUGGAUACUGCCUACAUACAACCCCCGGUUGAUCAGAUGGAUGAUACCCCUCCUGAUAUUCGUCCUGCAUUUGUGCACACGCUCAAAUCUGUUGAAACAUUGAAAGGGACCAGGAGGUAUGGGGUGAUUGAGUGUGAUCCUCUAGUUCGCAAAGGGCUGGAAAAAACUGCAAGGCACAUGGUGAUGCCAUAUAUGCCAAUGUUGGUUCCUCCACUAAAUUGGACAGGGUAUGAGCGUGGUGCUUAUCUAUUUCUACCAUCAUAUAUUAUGCGAACACAUGGUGCAAAACAACAACGGGAGGCUGUUAAAAGAACUCCAAAAGAACAGUUAGAACCAGUCUAUCAGGCACUCAACACUCUUGGCAAUACUAAAUGGAGAGUGAAUAAAAGAAUACUGAGUCUUGUGGACAGAAUCUGGGCUAACGGAGGUCAGCUUGCCGACUUGGUAGAUCGUGAAGAUGUCCCUUUACCAGAGGAACCUGAUACAGAAGAUGAAUCAGAAAUAAAGAAAUGGAGGUGGAAAGUUAAAACUGUUAAAAAGGAGAACAGUGAAAGGCAUUCACAGCGGUGUGAUAUAGAACUCAAACUUACUGUGGCCAGAAAAAUGAAGGACGAAGAAGGAUUUUACUACCCUCACAAUUUAGAUUUCCGAGGGCGUGCAUAUCCCAUGCAUCCGUAUCUGAAUCAUCUUGGUUCUGAUCUCUGCCGAGGAAUAUUAGAAUUUGCAGAAGCUCGUCCGCUUGGCAAGUCAGGCUUACGCUGGUUAAAAAUACAUUUAGCAAAUUUAUACGGUGGUGGCGUUGACAAAUUCCCAUACGAGGGUCGGGUAUCAUUUACUGAAAACCAUCUGGAGGAUAUAUUUGACUCUGCUGAUCGGCCUCUUGAAGGGAGACGAUGGUGGUUAGGUGCGGAGGAUCCUUUCCAAUGCUUGGCCACUUGCAUGAGCCUAUCUGAGGCAUUAAGAAGUCCAUAUCCUGAAACUGCACUCUCACAUAUUCCUGUCCACCAGGAUGGUUCGUGUAAUGGCUUGCAACACUACGCUGCUCUUGGAAGGGAUACGCUUGGAGCAGCUGCAGUCAAUCUUGUUGCAGGAGAUAAGCCGGCUGAUGUUUAUUCAGGGAUUGCUGCAAGAGUUCUUGAGAUAAUGAAGACAGAUGCUGCUGGAGACCCUGCCAUUGAUCCCAAUGUCAACCGUGCUAGGCUACUAAUUGACCAGGUGGAUAGAAAGUUAGUCAAGCAAACAGUCAUGACAUCAGUGUAUGGUGUCACAUACAUAGGUGCACGUGACCAAAUCAAGAGGAGGUUGAAGGAGCGUCAUGCUAUGGAUGAUGAUGCGGAGUUGUUUGCCUGUGCUUGCUACGCUGCAAGAACCACCUUGACUGCCUUAGGAGAAAUGUUUGAGGCUGCAAGAGGCAUAAUGGGCUGGUUGGGAGACUGUGCAAAGAUUAUAGCAACAGAAAACGAACCAGUUCGUUGGACGACACCACUUGGACUCCCUGUUGUCCAGCCUUACCGCAAAUUAGGAAAGCACAUGAUUAAGACUUCCCUUCAGGUUUUAACACUUCAACGCGAAACUGAUAAGGUGAUGACCAAGCGGCAGAGAACGGCUUUUCCUCCGAAUUUCGUGCAUUCUCUUGAUGGCUCACAUAUGAUGAUGACUGCCAUUGCUUGCUCCCAAGCAGGCUUAAGUUUUGCAGGAGUGCAUGAUUCAUAUUGGACUCAUGCUUGUGAUGUUGAUCAAAUGAACAAGAUUCUAAGAGAGAAGUUUGUUGAGCUGUAUGACGCACCUAUUUUGGAGAAUUUGUUGGAGAGUUUCGAGAAGUCAUUCCCAGGCCUAAACUUCCCUUCGUUGCCAGAACGAGGAGACUUCGAUCUGAAGGACGUUCUCGACUCCACCUAUUUCUUCAACUAGACAAUACAGAUAUUUGCUUAUCAUUCUUUGAAUAGCUUUCUUAUCAUUUCAUUACCAUGACACCCCGACUUUCUUGGAUCAUUACUGCUGCCAGUACCGUCUAUAUUGCUCUGGAAGAUCUCCGAAUAGCGGGCUUGCACGCCUCUGACCGUGUUUCUAGGUACUGAUACUUGCAGCUUUGAUCAGAAUAAGACGAAGCUUGGAUGCUAAUACCGGGUGGAAAAAUUUAUAAUGCACGAAGUCGCAAGUUCCUUUGGUUGCUACUCGUGGGAGCCGUGUUGUAGUUGAAGGAAGCAAGGCCUGUGCUUGUACAUGGAAAAACUAGGAGUGGAAGUUGAGCUAAAUUCGUGUAUAUAUGUUUCAGAUUGAUGCAGGAGAUAAAUGAGUUUACUAGAGAUGUAGAUCACAGUGGAUCUGGUCAGUUCUAUAGAUAAAUUCUGAAUCAUUAGGAUCUUAUUAAUGUAUGUUUUUUGUAGGAAGAGUAUGCAGCAAUGCUUCAAGAGUAAUUUCUAAGCAAUUUUACAUACAUCAAAGUUUUGUAAUUGAUGAUGGUCAGUAUACUUGGGUUUCCCUCGAAUAAGCCUGUAAAUGGCAUCUUCUUGACA